AUGUUUGGUGCUUUUAGACAAACAACCGUUGCCUUUGGUGGUCUAUUAUGGAAAACUCCAUAUAAGAUGUCUCAAACUCAAAAAUUUAGACAUAGAAAAAGACUUCAAGCAGUUGAUAAAGUUAUUGAAACUGUUUUCAAUGGAUUAAAAGCAAUAGGUGAAUCAAAUCCAAAAGUUAAUAAUUUUUAUUAUAAUUUCCCAAAAGAAAGUGAAAUGACACCAAGAGAUAAAUAUACUGUUUUUAGUAAGAAAUCUAAAGGUUAUAGAAAACCUGUUCAUAAAGUUCCAAAAUGGACUAAAUUAAGUAUGAGAGAAAAUCCAAAAUAUUUUUAA